AUGUCACUUUCGUCAAUGGAGCUCAGCCGAUGCGCAGCAGUUGUUGAAAGUGAAAGGGACCAUCCAAGACGUCGAUGGAGAGUGUUCAUUCAAACUCACUGGGCAGUCACACAAGGGAUGCAAAAUUGCUCCCCACUAUCGUUUACCCCUUUACGCCCUCAACACAAGAAGUUCGGCAUAUACAGAACGGUCGUGCAACACCUACAGGACGCACGCAGUGAAGAGGCUGCUCGCCACCGAAAUACGUAUCUUUCAGUCAUGCGAUAUUUGAAUGACGUACGGAUUGCAUUCCUGGACGAUGCUGGUACCACACAGGCUCUGGCUUUCACGACGAGUGUCGCACGACCUUGGCCACCGCUCAUGGAGUUACCUUUGAAGGCUUAA